AUGGCUGACAUCGAGCGAGAGCGGGCCGUUCUCGACUUCUACCAAAUAUCAUCGCUGAAACCUGAAACGCUGGUCCAGUGGCCAACAGAGAAAGACCGCGACAGCGACGCCUCCGAAGAUGAGAGUGUCAAGAAAAAGGCGAACAGGAGGAAGUCGAGAUACCAGGCAUUGGAAAGGGCUGUGAGCACCAGGAGUAGCUUCGUCCCUGGUUCUGAGACUUCAGGGAGUGGUGUUGCGAAUUUGGUGCAGCGAGACGAGCCAGACCCCCUAGGGUCAACUGACAGUGUUGUUCGGACAUUGAAACAGCUGGGGGUUCCUCUUCAAGAUGACUUGAAGCUUCGCAACCGAUUCCUCCUCUCCUCGACGACCUUCUCCCCAGCGCUCUUCCUAUCCCAAAUGCACGCCACAGCCGAUACCCAAUCCCUCCUCAACGGUCUAGACAUACUGUCUCGAUCGAUCGACCAAAAAUCCGCCUCUUUGAAAGUGCUCGUCGAAUCCAAUUUUGAGCGCUUCGUCCGCGCCAAAGCCACCAUCGACAAUGUCUACAAAGAAAUGAAAUACCGCGGGGUUGAUCCCACGCCGCCUCGGGCCAGGGCGCACUCUCGACAUGCCAGCAGGAAUAGUUUUCGGAGUGGCAGCGGUGCGCCCAUGACGAGCCCCCUGAACCCUGCGACGGACCCUAGAAAGAAGAACGCUUUGGCGAAAGAAAGCGAGUACGGUAUUUUGGGUAUCAAAGCGCCAUUGCUUGAUGUAUCGGCCAAGGCAGAGGAGGUUUGGGGGCCAGCUCUCGGUGGCCGGGAGAAGGAAGAGCAUUUGAAAACUGUGGUCUCGUCGCUGGAUAGCUACAAGGAGUAUGUUGAGAUCAGUGCAGCUAUCGCUGACAGCAUCAAGCGCAAUGAUCAUGAAUCAUUGGUGGAGGAAUACACAAAAGCGAGAAGAUUUGCCGAACAAGCAAAGCAGCUUGCGCAGGAACUCGAGGGGUCGCAGCCAGAUGAGGACCAGGUGUAUCGUAUCGUACUGGCAGCGCGCAUGUGGCAUGACGUGGAGGAACAAAUCAGCAACCUCAAACGUGAUAUCUGGAGGAGCUUGGUAUCUCCAUACAACAUGGCAAAGCCAGACUCUGGGAAGUCGGGUGACCAGCAUAUGGAACUGAUCACCCUCCUCCUGGAGCUCGGUGUGGAAGACAACCCCAUCUGGGUGUGGCUGCUCAGUCGUUACGACUACUUGAAGAGCAAGAUUCAGUCGACGACGGAGCGGUCCAAGGUCGAGAUUGAGAUCCUGAGGCGCCGUCUUGCCAAUUCUGAGAAGCCGAGCCCUCAGACGAUUGCUUCUCAUAUGCGAACUCUUGGACGUCAAUCCCUCGAAUCAAAGACUAAAACCUUUGACUCCCCUGACAUUGCCGAGUUGUGGGAGCUCAACGUGGCUUAUAUGAGCAACUUGCUCUCCUCUCAGGGGAUUUUGGGAGAGGUUCUCGAGUUUUGGCAGACGGUUCAGGGGUUUAUUGAGGGGAAGACGCAGAGGAGCUUGCCGGUUGGGUAUAGAGGCGAGUCGAAGGAGCAUCAUCGGUUGUCUCAACAGGGCACGGUUGAUCUCCAGAAGGGCGCUGUGGAACUGGUCAGUUUGAUUCGGGAGAGUGUGUUGAUGUUUUUUGCUGGGCCUCCGCCAGAGGAUAUCUCGUUGCUGUUCUCGCCUAUGCCGCAGACGCCGAGCACGCCGGGGUAUGGUGGGAAUUUGACACCGCGAGACCCGAGGUUCAAUCUUGAUCCGAAUAAUAUCCCGCCACCGUCGCCGAGGAGAGGGGAGGCUUGGGAGAAGUUUGCGUUUUGGCCGCCGUGGUCUAAUUCGUUGAGUGGUGUUCACUACCUCGCUCGGAUGUUGGUUCUUGUUGGUGCGGCGGCGUGCGAUAUGGCUUCUAUUGAACCGGUCGGGCAGGGAGAUGCAGCCGAAGUCGAGCGGGUUAAGACCCUGGUUGGCGUGGCAAGGGAACGAUGCGUGACUGCGUUGUGCGCGGCGUGGAACAGGGACGCCGAAAACAUCAAGUACGUGGAGGACUGGAACAGGUCCCCGGACAGAAAAGAGGUGACCAAGAUGCCUGCCAGUUUCAAGGCGUUUGAGGGGGCGUUGUUGGCGGGUAUGCAGAACAUUCUCUACAUCUCGGAAGCUAUGGACAAACCGGGUGCUGGGGAGAUUGUUCUGCCUCCGCCGCCGAAGCUGUUGCAGAUGGUUAGAAGCCAGUAUGUGACGACGCUGUACAAGGCGCUGAGCGGGAUGGUGGAGAAUGCGGAAAGGCCGGUGAAGAAGGCGGAUGAUGAGUGGACGAACGUCCGCAUGCUAUUAACCCUCUCCAACCUCUCGGCCCUCCGCACCGAAAUCGUCCCCGACCUCAACACCCAGUUUGAAAACGCGUUUAGCGUCAAACUCACCGAUGAGACAAAAACCAUCCGUGACGUCCUCAGUCAAAUCGAUGCUCGGCUCUUCCAAUCCUACACCCGCCCCGCCAUUGAGACACUGAAACGCAUCAUCCGCGCCGGAGUGUCGGAUCCAAACUGGGCGCCCUCCUCCCCGUCCCGGCCAAAAGAAGUCCGUCCUUAUGUCUACGAGGCGCUCCUGUCUCUCGUCCUCGUCCACACUCAGGUAUCGACCACAGCCGCGACAUUGACCUCCCAGGUCCUGUCUUAUCUGCUCGAACAAGCCUCGAAGGAACUGCUGGAAGCUUUCAAGUCGAGGCAGCGGUAUAACCUUGAAGCACUGAUGCAAGCAACAUUGGAUGUUGAGUUUGUGGCGCAGACGCUGAGCCAUUACACUACUGACCGGGCAAGCGAGCUCCAGAGCCAGAUUUAUCAGGAGUUGGAUGGGAGGACAGAUAAUGAGGCUAGGGCGAGGUUGCAGGGGGAGUUGCCGGAGAUGAGGGCAGUUCUGAAGAGGUUGAGGGAGGCGAGUAAGAGCGAGUUUGCUUGUUUUAGGAAGCCUAAGAGGCCGGUAGGAAAUGGGUUGGAGAGGAGGGAGACCGGGGGGAGUGUGGGGAGUUUGUGA